AAAAUGGAGGUAAUUCUCCACGACAAAGAAAAAUUUGCUAAAUUGGGUGAUGUCGAAACACAUGACAAAACGGCCAAACUAGAGCGGAAACUCCAAAAACGUUUGUUGGAACUGGUCAACUCAAAAAUGUUGGCUACAGAAAUUUAUGAUAGGAUAAGACCCACGGGCUCUCAACGACCACAAAUGUAUGGCCUCCCUAAAAUACACAAGCCGAACGUCCCACUUAGACCUAUCUUGUCUAUGAUUGGCUCAGCACAACACGAACUGGCUAAGUGGCUUUCUGAAGUUUUGGACCCUGUUCUUCAAAAAUAUUCAAAACAUUGCAUCAAGGAUUCUUUUACGUUCGCUGAGUUCAUGCAAAACUUGAACAUCGAAAACGAAACAUCUUUCAUGUGUUCUUUUGACAUUAGUAGUCUUUUCACAAAUGUUCCUUUGAGUGAGACCAUCAAAAUAUGUGCCGACGCUUUGUACCGGAGCGAGCUUAAUAGCCCACCAUUCCCAGAGGAAGUAUUCAUUGAACUGAUGGAAACUGCAACACGUUCAGUUGAAUUCGGUUUUAACAAUGAAAUGUACCAACAAAAGGAUGGUGUCGCUAUGGGUAGCCCUCUGGGACCUGCCUUGGCCAAUAUCUUUGUUGGCUUUCAUGAAGAGCGUUUGUUCGACUACGACCAAAAGCCAGGUGUCUAUUUUCGGUAUGUGGAUGACACAUAUACCAUUUUCAAAACAGAGGCUGAGUGUGAUAUUUUUCUAAAACACCUAAAUAGCCUACACCCAGCCCUCCAGUUUACGUUUGAAAAGGAAGAAAAUGAUUCCUUACCAUUUUUAGAUGUUUUGUUCGAAAAGUCUAACACUGGAUUUCUUACCAGUGUAUAUCGCAAGCCUACUUUUACCGGUCAGUACAUACGCUGGAAUUCAUUUUGCCCAAAACAACGCAAAGUCAACCUUGUCAAAACAUUAGUACAUAGGGCACUUAUGAUCUGCUCGAAAUCUAAACUGCACACUGAACUGGAAAAACUCAAAACGAUCUUCUUGGACAACGGCUAUCCUGAAGACGUCAUUUUAUCUUAUACUAAGGAGAAGAUCGCAAGUUUUUCGGCUGUUCAAAAGUUUGGUCCGCAAAAGUGCCCAGUUUAUUUGAAACUACCAUGGAUUGGUAACACUUCCUUGCGAUUCGAGAAUCAGAUUAGGCAAGCCAUAACCAAUUGUUUCUUUGCUGUCAAUCCUCGGAUUGUUUACAGCACUAGGAGAGCCCUUCCAUCCAUUCAAAAGGAUUGCGUCCCUACCAAACAAAAAAGUUCCGUCAUUUAUGAAUUUACGUGCCAGUGUGAUUCUGGCUACGUAGGGCGCACAACCCAAAGAUUGGGGGAUAGGAUAAAACAGCAUGUUCCUUCCAACAUACGUAACAAAACUGCCCCUCAAAGAGAACAGCCUCCUCGAUCUUGUAGGUCUAGAAACACUGUUAAAACAAGUGAUUCUGCCAUUGGUCAACAUCUUUUAGACAACCCAGAUUGUGCAAAACUCUAUAAUGACGACAUGUUUCGGAUAAUUGGCAGAGCCCGGUCGUCCUUCCAUCUAGCAGUUUUGGAUUCAAUCUACAUAAAAACGAAAAAGCCGCCAUUGUGUAGACAAAAGGAGUUCGUUUUCUCUCUUGGACUCCAUUGGUAAUUUUUCUUUAGGCUCGCGGCACUGAUUGGUCAACUAUACCGGUCUUGUGCUUGCGUUUUUCUGAUUGGCCUAUUUUGAUCCACAACUGGGUAUAUAUUUUUCCAUCGUGUUUUUCGGAACCUAUUCUGACGUUUUAUGCUCUGAGGAGUGUCAGACGAAAAAGCUUUAAG